ACCACCACCACCUUCAUUAUCCACUUGCUGAGUGGGAGACUCACUCAGUCACCUGCAGCGCCCCUGACCACUCACAUCGGCGCCACCUGACCGUAGACGCAGCAACCUCACCUUUCAUCGUCUCUGUUCAGGCCAGGCCAAAUCAGGAAAGGGGAGAAACAGUCGCUACCUAUACUCCGAGCGAGAUGCGGUGUCUCCUCGUGGCGCUCGUGGUGGGGGCCGCCGGGGUACUGGGAAACAGUGUGCCUCCUUUGGCCACCCACGUCCGCGCCGACACACCUUCCAACGACCCGCCAGAAGUGCCUCAAGUCAACUGGGGCCUGCAAGGUGCUGUCAGUGAGGAAUUAUGGGAGCAGUUCACAGUGCGUGGGAUGAACGACAACCCGCCUAUCAUCGUGCACGACAGCCUCAACGGAGCGAGUGAACCCGUGACGCUCAUCGGGAAGCACAUGAAGACCAUCAAGGACCGACCCAUCUUCGCCUUCCAGGGAAUUAUGUACGGCGAGGAAAUGAGUGGAGAGCUCAGGUUCAAGAAAACAGUCCCCAAGGAGCCUUACUGGGGAAAUGACUCAGAGCUUUACCUGAACCACCUGGGCGAGAUGUGCCCCCAGAAGUCCAUGAUUGGUGGAGUGCCUGGAGGGAAGGAAGACUGCCUCAGCCUCAAUGUGUAUACCCCAUAUCUCCCUGAUGGCAAGCGCCUGCUCCCUGUCAUGUUCUUCAUCCACGGUGGUGCCUUCAUCUCUGGCGACUCUUCUCUCUACCUACCCACCAAACUUCUUGACCAUGACGUGAUACUGGUUGUCAUCCAUUACCGCCUCGGCAAUCUUGGGUUCUUCAGUUUGGAUAAUGAUGACGCUCCUGGCAAUGCUGGCUUGUGGGACCAGAUUACAGCACUGCAAUGGGUGCAAGACAACAUUGAAGGUUUUGGGGGAGACAAAACCAAAGUGACUAUCUUUGGAGAGAGUGCUGGUGCUGCCUCUGUCGGCUACCUCUUGCUGCUGCCUGAAGCUGCAGGUCUUUUCCGCGGAGUAAUAGGAGAGAGUGGGUCUGCACUGGAGCACUGGUCCCACGACCCAGACCCCAUCACAUCAGCGGAGGUCAUUGGUGAAUACAACAAGUGCCCAACAGAUAACCACACAGCACUUUACGAAUGCAUGAGAGACAUGGAUGCUGACAUACUGAGUAUUAACAUGGCCCAUUUUGUGGGUCAAGACCGUAAGAAUGGACAGAUGGGUUUCAGAGGAGCAGCGCCUGUCACCCAGAGCUCUAAUGUUAGAGAACGUCUUGUGGUAAAGCAUCCCAUAGACUAUCUGAAAGAUGGAAACUUCAGUGAUGUGCCUCUUAUUAUUGGAACCAACAAGCAUGAAGGAUCUUUUGUUUUGACAAUCAUGUACACAGAGUUCCUGAGGCCCAACAACAAACUGGAAGACACUGAGUACCUCAAGAAUGACAUGAUGAUCGAUUUCCUCAACUGUUUUGGUGUGCAGGACUAUACCAAUGGCAUCUCUGAGGCAAUCCAGGAUUCCUUCAUAUCAGGACUUGACGCAGGGGACUUCAACAAUUCAGCUCCAGGCUACGUUGAUGCAGCAGGUGUAUUCUUCCUGAAGGCAGGUGGCUGGCAGACAGCCAAGCUCCAUGCUAAGUAUGGUUCUUCUGACACUUACUACUACUCCUUUGACUUUGAGUCAGACGACACCAUGUUCAGAUGGCUCUUCAUGGGCCUAACCGACGUACCUUACAGAACAGGUGUUACCCAUUCUGAUGAGAUGCUGUACAUCUUCUCCUUCCCGGGGCAAUUGGAGGACCAGCAAUUGAUAGUAAAGGAUCGCAUGGUGAAAAUGUGGACUAAUUUUGCCAUCUAUGGCAAUCCCACGCCAGAUGAGGAGUCAGGCUGGAAGGAUCUUGACAUCCCUAAGUGGCUGCCUGUCAAAGUAGGGGAUCAUAAGUACAUGUUAGUGCAAGAUGAGUGCACAGUGGAAACUGAGUUCCCUGACAGGUGGCACAUUGCCCUGCAAGAGGAUGGAAAUUUGCCAAGACAGCCAACCUUGGACGAGUAUAAUGACUUGGAGGAUGAGAGAGAUGCCUUCUUCAUCACCAUGAUAGUCUUCAUCAUUGCUUUUGUAUGUGCUGCCGGUUAUGCUGUCUUCGUGUUCUGUAAGAAGUGAGCUCAAGAGUCUUCUCUUGUCUACAGUAGAUUCCAGAUUAUUUAAUAAAACCCAAUUGUAGUUAUGUGUCAGUCUACAGUACUACUUAACUUUAGUCAACAUGUGUAUAGCAUAUUUGUAUUCCUUAGAUUUUAUUAUGUUGACAGAAUUUCAAGAAUUUUUGCUCAGUGAAAACUGGUCAACCGGAGUGUGUCACUGUUUCCCUGACCAUGACAUAAUUAUGUCAAAAUAGUCAAACUAUUUUUAUAAAUAAAGUUCAGUGUAUCGUUA